CCGGGCGACCUCACCACUGGUUGGACUUUCCAAAGCUUUGCCGACGUCGUACGAUGGCCGAGUCGAGUGACAUCACGGACCGCCUCCUCGGCGAGCGCAACGAGCGCGGUAUCCCGUGCGCCAUCUUUGUCGAGGACGUCGCCGCCUUUGUGGGCGCCGACCCCGUCGAAGGCAUUGUCGGCGCGCUCCAGCAGCUCUACUCCAAGUACAAGUUUAUGGAAACCAACUUGACCAAGUCCAAGCAGUCGUUCAAGACCAAGAUUCCGGACACGGAGAAGGACCUCGCGAUGCUCGAGCAUCUCAUGGCGUCGCGCGAGAAGGACGAGCCGAUCGAGACGCACUUUAGCCUCGCGGACAACGUGUUUGCGAAUGCGACGAUCGACGCCGACGUGCAGACCGUGUGCAUUUGGCUCGGCGCCAACGUCAUGGUCGAGUACUCGUUUGAAGAAGCGCUCGCGCUGCUGCAAGGCAACCUCUCGACGGCUACGUCGCGGCUUUCGCAGAUCGAGUCGGACCUCGGCUUUCUUCGCGACCAGAUCAUUACGACCGAAGUCAACAUGGCGCGCAUCUUCAACUUUGACGUGCGCCGACGACGCCAGGAAAAGGGCGAGUUGCCCGCCGUCAAGGCCUCGUAAGAGGCUUGGUAAUAUCCACGUUUUGGCCUGUUUCCAUCUGUA